AGGGUUAAACGGGUUUGACACGCAGGAAAUCUCAUGCAAAUGCCGGACCCGAAGCUGAUCCUCUCGGAGAAUCGCAGCACAUUUAUCUGUCGGCACAACAAUGAGGAUUUCCGGCUCUCAAACGUCUCAUUUGAUACAGUGGAAUCAGAUUUGUGGUCAGCUAAAGCCAGAUUACCUGCGUCUCCUGAACACCUUCACAAAACGGCCCAGAUUAGCUGGGAUUUUCCACACACUUUACACUUUCUCCCCCUCGGCUGUAUGGAAGGAUUAUGUUUUGUCUCCUCGCUUUUAAUCUAUUUGGUAAAUGUGUGUUUGACACCGAGCCGCUCUUAUAUGAGUGUGUUCUCUGAAGCCCAUGGCAUUGUGGGUCCAGGAGUGGCAGGAGAACAUGUUCGUGGACCAGAAGCGCUUCUCGUUCAGCAUCGACCGCAUUCUGGAGAACCGGGAGCCCGUCUCGGAGAGCCCUGGUGUUUCGGGAUCCUGCGAGGAGAAGCUGGCCUCGGGAUCCGCUCCGGAGACUCACGGAUGCUUGUGUUCGCACUGUGGAGAGAUUAUACACCUUUGGGGUCCGAGGAUGUUAGCAGACCCGGCUCCUGCUGCAGAAUCAUCCAGCUUCGCUCACGUUCAGAGGAGGGUUCGGCGGCACCGCACGAUCUUCACCGAGGAACAGCUGGAGGCUCUGGAGGACCUGUUCCGGCAGAACCAGUAUCCCGACAUCAACACCAGAGAGGACCUGGCCCAGCGCACACACCUGCGAGAGGAGAGAGUCGAGGUGUGGUUUAAGAACCGAAGGGCGAAAUGGAGACGACAGAAGCGGCUUCCCUUCAGCCUUCCAGACGACUGGAAAAAUGUCCUUCACAGCGACUGACGCCAACAUUAUGAUUAUGAAUAUGAUGUCCUCAGUCUAAAGACCACGAGAGCUGAAACCCUUCAUUUAUCAGUCCCAAUCAUUUAUAGAAGGACAUUACAAAAACAGGGUGUUCCCAUUCAUAAAGUCCCCCUGUGGUGUAAAUCCAGCGUUUAAUGUUGUUUAUGUGUGUGUGUGG